AAUGAAUAAUUCUUCAGUCGUGGCUGAGUGUUUGCAGUGUGUGCAUUGUUGUUUCUUUGGUUAAAUAAAAUUUGAAGUCUUGGAAAGAGGAAGACUAUUUAUUACUUUUUUGACAUCUUUUUCAAUAAGGCGACGCAUCAAACCUUUAGCAAACACGAUGUCUCACAACCGAAAGUAUGACCGAGAAGAGGUAGAAACCGCCAUGAAAAAAAUGCCGACUUUUGCCGAUAACAAAAUCGACUUCGCCGAUUUGGCCGGCUUCCUGGACAGCAUUGGCUAUACGUACACCGCUGAGCAGAUGGUCGCAUAUGAAAAAUUUCUUAAUGAAGUUCACAACGGGAAGUUGGAUCUCGACAUCGCCAUAAAUUCCUUGGGGGUCGUGGAUGAUACGAAGGAACUCAUGCGCACGCAUAUCGAAGCUCUUGACCUCAACAAAGACGGGGUCAUUGAUGAAGUCGAUUUUAAAGCGAUUGUCGAACUUAUGUUAGCGCAUGAUCCCGCCUUUCCAAAAGUAGACUAUGAAAAGUUUGUGGAGGAAGCGGACACCGCGAAGGAUGGAAAAGUCAGCAUUGACGAGGCUGUGGAGUGGUUCAGCAAAAAUGCGAAACAUUAAUCAACAUUAGGGCUGGUAUAGCACUUUCUUAAAAAUAAUGUUAUUCUGUUGAAAAGUAAGCACACUAUCAAUCCAGUAUUACAUACGUAAACCAUAUGUACUAAAUCUAGAGCCCUCCUUGCCAAACGAUACUCUUGAUUUACUAUGUACAGAUGUAAUUUAUGUGCUUGACAUACAAUUCAGAGUACACUUACUUUUAAAAAUUAUUUUAAAAUGUGUGUUCUUUAUUUUCCAAAAUAUACUUAUUUGUGUAACGUGUGAGAUAUUUUGUCUCAAUUUUGGGAUUUGAUAAACAAAUCUAAAGCUAAGUAUUCUUAAAAUUCGAUACAUAUGUUUCGCAUGAAUUUGAGGAAAUAAAUGUAUUGAAACUCUUGAAA